AUGAGGACUUUUAUAUGUUCAUUGGUAAUAGUUGUAUUGUUGUUACUCUCUCAAACUUUGCCAAUUUUAUCUGAAAAUCAAGAAAAUGAGGCCAAAAUAUUAUUAGCAUCUUGGGGACGAAGACUUGCAGGACACGGCGACUCCAAUCCAUCAGAUCAUGGUGAGACUCUUCGAGUUUUCAUGAGGAAAGUUCGUAGUGGAGGUUUUGGCAAGAAUCGCCGUCGCAGUCGCCGUCGUGUCCGUAAUGGUGGUUCCGGUGGUUCAUCGGCUACUUCGCGACCUUGUCUCUCGAUCGCUUUCCGUUUCGGUUCCGCAGCCGCGAGCUCAGUUCUGCUGAUGAUAUUCUUGUGAACAUCCUCUUCUUUUGUAAUAAUAUUUUGAUUUGUAAUGUUGUUGUCA